AUGGGUUUGAAAGACAGAAAUCAGUCAGAUGUGUCUGAUGAACUCAGAAGACCUGUAAAUAAUUGUCUCUCAUCUUCAGAAUCAGCUUCCAUUUUCAGACUUGAAGAUGUGUCCAAACACUCAGAUAUCAGAGUAGAUGAAGAUGAUGAAAACUGCAGUAGAGGAAAAGAAGCAGCACAGCAGAUGAUGAGAUUCCUGGAGAAUAAAGAUCUGACAAAAAUCAAAGAAUCAUUUCUGCCCUGUCAGGGAAAACUGUGGCAUCAGUGGUGUCAGAAGAACAAAGAACUACAUCGACCUCGAGGGGGUGAUCUAGAGAUGGAGAUAAGUAGAAAGAAAACUGACAUGAAGAAAAUUCGAGAGCUGCAACAUGAAUCUGACAUCAGUGAGUUUAUAAAGUGCUUCAUUAAAGAAAUGAACUCAGAUGCUAAACGCGGUGUUCGUGACCCAGUGAAGAAGAUCUCUAGUGGGGAGAUUCACGGGCCGGAAACGAGGAUGCAGAGUUUCAGAAAAGAAAAGCGCCCAAUGCACGUGACUGUCCUUAAUAAAGGAGACAAGCCCAGAAUCUCCAAGUGCACGCUGUGUUGUGACAAGUAUCACUGCCCAUAUUGUGAGACGUGGGUCUACAAGCCAAGAGAGUUAAACAGUGUUGCUAACCACGUCCAGAACCAUCUGAAGUUGGCUUUCCAGCAAGACGAUUUCAUUAUCAUCAAGUGUAACUUGAAAUGCAGAGAGAACGCACAUUUCCAUUGCUGCUACUGUCCUGCCACUGUUCUGCGGAAAGUACAAUUAAGAAAUCAUCUCACAAAAUGCAAGCAGAAGGUAAAUAUUCAGUCUUCACACAACUCGGCAGCACCCGCAGCUCUGAUUGCAAAUACACCUCAACCAUCUACAUCUGCUCAGACCGCAACCCGACUACAACCUCCGCAUCCGCCCACCGCUCUGUGUAUGUUGACUGGACCCUGUUAUCUCCUGUGUACUCUGUUAUCUCCAUCUCAAAGCCUUAGUCAGGCACCACCACUUCCAUCUGCUCUGAUGACUUCUACAUCUGCACAGACAGCACCCCGACUACAAACAAGCAUGCCUCCAUCUCCUCGUGUUUUAUCCCCCCACAUGCCACCAACUACAGGCCAUUCCCCAACCAGAUCAAGACAAGUACGUAUUAAAUGUGCUCACUGCGGAAUUGAAAUAAACAAGAAAAACCUCCGCGUUCACAUUCAAAGGAAACAUACGGAUGUGAAACAGACAACUACACCAGUGUAACGCUGAAUUUGCACAUCAGCGUGGUUUGAUGGCAUUUGAACGCAGCCGUAUAAAAUCUUCGGCUUUCUGUCCUCGAAAUGGUGCAGCUAAAGCGGUUUGGUAAAGACAAAGUAAACAAAGUGGACUUUGGAAAGGCAGCGGACGGCUGAUAUGGUGGGAGUGACACGUUCUGUGGAGGUGACAGUUGCUAUUUCUGUAUUUGAGCCGAAAACAUCAUAUCACAGCAGGCUUGGAAGAGUGAAUUGCACGGACCUGCCCAUGGAAGACAAAGCGAUCAUGUGUGCACAAAUAAGCUGCCGAGUGGCACCUGUUUUAAAACAAUGCAUGGAAAUUCACAUGCUAAGUGAGCCCAUCCUCAUCCUAAACGGAACGAAGUUUAAGCAAUGUUUAGUUAACUUCUUGUUGUUUAAAAUAUGUCCCGCUCUUUUAAGGGAUUACUAAGUAAUACAAAGUCUGCAGCUACUGCAAAAUGAUGUUCCGGUACCAAGAAUUCACAGAUGGACUCCAUAAUUUUAAUGACCUUCUGCUGAUUUCGCUGCAUUUAUGUUUAAUUCUUCGCAUCGCUCUUCAGCCUACUUGACGCCUGCAUUAACUGUGGAUACUACCCAAAAGUGGAAAUCAUGAACCUCCACAAAAAAAGGAGUCUCGGGUGUGAUUUUGGGCCAUUUUUAUGAGUCUGACUCGCCAGUAAUAAGAAGAUCCUCUGAAGUUACUGUAGAUCUAUGCCACGUGAGCUCCUGUGUCGUGUCCUGAUGACUGUGGCCAUAGAAGAUGGCGAUGUGGGUUUCCUGCAGUUGUCGCUGACAUACAAAGUUUUCCAUGAUAUUGUUUGUCAGUCAACAUUCUGAAAACAGGCUCUCUUUGCCUGGCUCGACAGUAAAUUAUUCAACUCUUAAUAAAAACUGUGUUAAAAGUACUUGGUGUAUUGGGAUAUUAAGAAUGCAAAAUCCAAAGCAGUGUUAUGGAGCAAUGCAGCAAACAGCAUAUCAUCAAAGUUUGUAUGUACUGUAAAUGCCUUUCUUCAAAACAUCUGGGAUAUGUCAACGAUUAGCAACAACAUUUAUUUUGAUGCAUUAUUUUUAUUUAUUUUUUUUGUAUUUUUUUGUAUUUAUUUGCAGUGUCAGAUAAAAAAAAAACUCACAUUCAGGUCCUUAGAGGACAAAAAUCUGCCAUAAAAAUAUUAUAUAUUAAUAUUAUUUUCCGAUUUCACUGACUUCGAUUUUUUAACCAACAUCAGUCCUGAUCAUAACUACCAAAUAUUCAUUCAUUUUCAGGAUUUUAACCCUUUAAAUGCCAGUCUGUUUACAUAAUGCCACUGUUGUUUUUUUACACACAUUUCUCAAUACACACAUACAAAACACACACUGACAUUCAUACCAACACACACACACAAUUUUAUCUGCAUCAUUUAUUCAGUUGUCCUGUAGUGCUCUAUAAUACAGCAAACAGAGAAUAGGGGAAAAGCUUGUAUUUGCUCCAUAGGCUAAACAUGAGAAAAAUGGUGCCAUCUGGAGGAAAAUAUUAAAAAUGUAAAUUUUGAAGCCAGGGCUCUAGAAUGAAAGCAUAAUAUCAUAGAAUUCAUGAUUUUAUGCUUUAAUGGCACUGGGAUCAAAUAUUGCAGUUUUAAUGGGUUUCAAUGGGGACAUUUUUGUCCUGAAGGUCCUGAGAGUAACUAUUUUGUGUACACAGUGUAUUAUAGAUGUAUUAUAGGAACUGAGGUUGAUAUAUCAAAAUUCCCGUUGGCAUUAACACAGCCAAAAUUAUAAAAAAUUAAAAAGACAAAAAUGUCCCUUGUGGCCUUUGUUUGUGCUGUUGUAUGCUUUCUGUAACCAUGUUGUUUUUGUGUAUUGUUUGUAUUUUUUGCCAUUGAUAUAUGUAGGAAAAAUAAAUAAA